UGUUCUUGCCUUGCCCUGUUUUUCUCAUUGACCACUCUCCAUCUUGCUCACUCUAGGCCAGCCAGCUGGCCUCCUGUUCCCUAAAGAUACUAUGCAUGCUCCCACCUUAGGACCUCUGCUCUUGCUGUUCCUUCUCCUGGAAAGCUGUUCCUUCCACAUACCACAUGGCUUACUGCCUUGCCUAUUUUGAGGUCUUUCAUUUAAAUAGCACCUCAGUAGGGGAAUCCCUGACCACCCAGUGUAAACUGCAUGCAACCUCCACUCAGCAUUCUCUACCCUUCCAUGCUUUAGUUUUUUUCUAUGGCAUUUACAACAUAUUUGCUUACUGUAUGCCUCUUCCCACUGAAAUGUAAGCUCUGUGAGAGGAGAGAUUUUUUAAAAUCUCUUGUUCAUGGAUAAAUGCUGGGCUCCAAACUUAACCAGCAUAGUAGGUGCUGGUUAAGUAUUUGUUAGGAAUCAAUGGAUAAAUCUCCCUAAUCUCUCACAGGGAAAGGAGGACGAAGCCCAGAGGCAGAGCGGCAGCUGCCUAUCCCUGGGGACUGCAAUAUCGGCCUCAGUGCUUCUCUACAGGGCUGUCCUCCCUGGGGAACCCUCCUUGCUUUCCAGCGUGUGGGACAUAGCUUUCAUCAGCAGUGGAGCCCUGGGCCAGAGGGCUGCAGAGCCAAGCAGGGGGCUGACCUGAUGCAAUGGUUACACAGAGAUUAGCUGGAGACAGGACAAGGGGAAAGAGGCAAGGACCAAUCCCAGGGGAAGGACAAUCCACUGGGGAAACCUCCAAAUGACUUCCCACACUUAAAAGAUUCAGGACGCUCUCUUGUGCAGAAGGCUUAGGGACCUCUGGGGAAAAGGAAAACUCUGCUCCCUGUCCAUCGACACACCUCUUCCCAAAGGCUUGUGUCAGUCUCUUUUAAGGUUCUCUCCUCUGCAAGGGUGCAGAAAGAAUGUCCUGUGGAGGGUCCAAAAGCCCCAUCUACUGACGUGGCUAUGCUGGCCCUGAGACGCUGCGGCUGAGACAGGAUUGGGGGUGGGGGAGGACGCUGGUGGCAAAGUGGCGGCAGCGGCCUGAACCAUGGUCAACCAGCCUUCUCGGAGCGGGGGUGUGUCCUGUUGCCCCGCCUCCCACCCGGCAGGCCUAACGAGGAGGCCUGGGGUCUGCAACGGGAGGGAAAAAAAUCUUCCUAGGGCAGCUGGGGCCCCUUCCCUGAACAGCACAGAGUGGGGCCUGUGCUCCGGACAGUGGUGGGAUGCUGCUGUCGUGCGAAGGAAGAGGGGUCUGUAAACACUACUUCUGAAUGAAGGCUUCUCCUCAUCCCUCCCCCGGACGGUCACUUCACUUCACUGCGGAGGGCGUGGGACCCAUCCUUAAGAGCGGACAACUUUAAGGGGACAACUAGUGUUCACGAGGAUGGGAGGGUAAAAGGUAGAUGGGGUAAUCAGUACUCGCCUCUCUCCUCAGGUUCCGGCUCUGAUUUUGGCUCUGUCGCUGCCACCCGCUCAUCUUCAACAUGAUACACUCUUCGCCUUAGACUCAAGCCUCUGACCGGGAUAGCGCGGAGCUGAGAUCUUUUAAUAGGGCCUUGCCCUCCUCUCCGGGGGCGGAUCCAGAAGCCUACCAAUCAUAAAGCGGCACGCCGGCAUUGGCCCCGCCUCAUACCUUACAUCCGCCACUCAGGAGCCCCGAGGCACCGCCCCCAUCGCUCCCUCCCGCUUGGGGGUCGAGUUAGUGUUGGACCCGGAAGUGGCUUUGGGUCACGAGGCUUAGCGGAGGAGGUGUGGGCUAAGCCGGCGGCCCCGGCUUUAGACUGGACCCCACAAUGUUUGCAGAGAUGUUCAGGCACGUGGGAGCUGAUUACACACAAUGAAUGGGGGCAAUGAGAGCAGUGGAGCAGACAGAGCUGGGGGCCCUGUGGCCACAUCUGUCCCCAUCGGCUGGCAGCGCUGUGUUCGAGAGGGUGCUGUGCUCUAUAUCAGCCCAAGUGGCACAGAGCUGUCUUCCUUGGAGCAAACCCGGAGCUACCUCCUCAGCGAUGGGACCUGCAAGUGCGGUCUGGAGUGUCCACUCAAUGUCCCCAAGGUUUUCAACUUUGACCCUUUGGCCCCGGUGACCCCGGGUGGGGCUGGGGUGGGGCCAGCAUCAGAGGAGGACAUGACCAAGCUGUGCAACCACCGUCGGAAAGCCGUUGCCAUGGCAACUCUGUACCGCAGCAUGGAGACCACCUGCUCACACUCUUCUCCUGGAGAGGGAGCGAGCCCCCAAAUGUUCCACACUGUGUCCCCAGGGCCUGCCCGCCCGCCCUGUCGAGUUCCUCCUACAACUCCGCUUAAUGGGGUUUCUGGCUCCCUUCCCCCAGAACCACCUCCAGUUCCACAGGCUUUCCCCCCUCUAGCAGGCCCUGGGGGGCUCUUCCCACAGCCAAGGCUUCCUGACCCAGUCCCCUCCGGAGGCAGCAGCAGCCCUUGUUUCCUGCCAAGGGGCAAUGCCCCUUCUCCAGCUCCACCUCCUCCACCUGCUAUCAGCCUCAAUGCCCCCUCAUAUAGCUGGGGAGCUGCUCUCCGAUCCAGCCUGGUGCCCCCUGACUUGGGCUCUCCUCCAGCCCCCCAUGCCUCCUCCUCACCACCUUCUGACCCUCCUCUCUUCCACUGUAGUGAUGCCUUAACACCCCCUCCCCUGCCCCCAAGCAAUAAUCUCCCUGGUCCCACUGGCCCCCCUGGUCCUGCCACUCAGCCACCAGUGUCUUCAGCCACUAUGCACCUGCCCCUGGUCCUGGGGCCCCUAGGAGGGGCCCCCACGGUGGAGGGGCCCGGGGCACCCCCCUUCCUUGCUAGCAGCCUACUCUCUGCAGCGGCCAAGGCACAGCACCCCUCUCUCCCCCCUCCCAGCACUUUACAGGGCCGAAGGCCCCGUGCCCAGGCGCCCUCAGCUUCCCACUCCUCAUCAUUGCCCCGUCCCUCGCAGCGUCGUCCCCGCCGCCCCCCAACUGUACUGCGAUUGCUAGAAGGGGGAGGACCUCAAGCCCCUAGACGGAGCCGCCCUCGGGCCCCCGCUCCCGCCCCACAAGCUUUUCCUCUCCCUGAGCCCUCCCAACCGAUUCUCCCUUCUGUGCUGUCCCUGCUGGGACUCCCCACCCCUGGCCCUCCCCACUCUGAUGGAAGCUUUAACCUUUUGGGGUCAGACGCACACCUUCCUCCUCCCCCAACCCUCUCCUCAGGGAGCCCUCCCCAGCCCAGGCACCCCAUCCCGCCCUCCCUGCCUGGGACCACCAGUGGCAGCCUCAGCAGUGUGCCAGGUGCCCCUGCCCCACCAGCUGCCUCCAAAGCCCCCCUAGUCCCUAGCCCUGUGCUUCAAAGCCCAUCCGAAGCACUCGGGAUGGGGUCGGGCCCAGCCUGCCCUCUGCCUCCCCUGGCUGGUGGGGAGGCUUUCCCAUUCCCCAGCCCCGAGCAGGGCCUGGCGCUGAGUGGAGCUGGCUUCCCGGGGAUGCUAGGGACCUUGCCUCUCCCUCUGAGUCUGGGGCAACCUCCGCCUUCUCCAUUGCUCAGCCACAGUUUAUUUGGCGUGCUGGCUGGGGGAGGGGGACAACCUCCCCCUGAGCCCCUGCUACCCCCACCAGGGGGACCUGGCCCUCCCCUAGCCCCAGGCGAGCCCGAAGGGCCUUCGCUUUUGGUGGCUUCCCUGCUUCCACCACCCCCCUCAGACCUUCUUCCACCCCCUUCCGCACCCCCUAGCAACCUCCUUGCCUCCUUCCUGCCCCUGUUGGCCCUGGGCCCCACAGCUGGGGAUGGAGAGGGAUCUGCAGAGGGAGCCGGGGGUCCGAGUGGGGAGACGUUUUCAGGUUUGGGAGACCUGCCCCCCUUGCUGUUCCCCCCACUUUCAGCCCCCCCCACCCUCAUAGCUUUAAAUUCUGCGCUGCUGGCUGCCAGCCUGGAUCCCCCGUCGGGGGCGCCCCCCCAGCCCUGUGUCCUGAGUGCCCCCCAACCUGGACCACCUACCUCCAGUGUCACCACGGCAACUACUGACCCGGGGGCCUCCUCUCUGGGCAAGGCCCCCUCCAACUCAGGGAGACCCCCCCAACUCCUUAGCCCUCUGCUGAGUGCCAGCCUGCUGGGUGACCUGUCUUCGCUGACCAGCAGCCCUGGAACCCUCCCCAGUCUGCUGCAGCCUCCUGGCCCUCUUCUCUCUGGCCAGUUGGGGCUGCAGCUCCUCCCUGUGGGGGGAGCUCCUCCACCCCUCUCAGAGGCUUCUAGUCCCCUAGCCUGCCUGCUACAGAGUCUCCAGAUCCCUCCAGAGCAGCCAGAAGCUCCCUGUCUGCCCCCUGAGAGCCCCACCUCAGCCCUUGAACCGGAGCCUGCCCGGCCUCCCCUCAGUGCCUUAGCCCCACCCCACGGUUCUCCCGACCCCCCAGUCCCUGAGCUGCUCACUGGGAGGGGGUCAGGGAAACGGGGCCGGAGGGGAGGAGGGGGACUUAGGGGCAUUAAUGGUGAGGCCAGGCCAGGCCGGGGCCGAAAGCCUGGCAGCCGGCGGGAGCCUGGUCGACUGGCCCUCAAGUGGGGGGCACGUGGUGGCUUCAAUGGACAAAUGGAACGGUCCCCAAGAAGGACCCACCACUGGCAGCAUAAUGGGGAGCUGGCUGAAGGGGGUGCUGAGCCCAAGGAUCCAUCCCCUUCUGGGCCCCAUUCUGAGGACCUUAAGCCCUACCCGGAACAGCAACAGCUCCCGCCAAGACAUUACCUUGGACCCCAGCCCCACAACCCGCGCGGCUGUCCCUCUGCCUCCCCGGGCCCGCCCUGGCCGUCCUGCCAAAAACAAGAGGAGGAAACUGGCCCCAUAGCAGCCAUACCUGGAGCUGGAUCUGACCCUGACUGGGGAGAGCUGAGUGCUGAGCCUUGGGAGCCCCUGCCAGCCACGUGCACCUGUGGACAGUGGGUGGGGGCACUACUCCCCACUCAGAGCACAAAUGCAACCCCUUCCCCACAAUCCCAUCCUGAGCCAUUGCAGGGGGUAGGGAGGUCACCCCCUCCCCCCCGAAGCCAUGUCACUGAAAAGGCCUGGGGGGGGGGUAUAUGGCCCUCUCCCCACCAGGCUAAGGGGAACACCCCUUUCCCCAGGUCUUUUAUUUGUUUAAGUUAUUUUUGCACAAAUGACUCUUUUAUAUUUAAUUCGACUUCAUUGCCUCCCUUCUCGAAGCCAGCAGGCUCAGUUUACAAACCUGUGAGCUACUGUUGGCUGCUGCCCUCCUUCCCAGUGAAAGGUACAAAGCAAUAAGCAUCAUGCACCCUCCCCUCACCCCUACAACACCCCUCUGCCUCUGGCUCAGGUUGCUCAAAGCACAGAUCCCUUCUUACCCCUGUCCCCAGGUUUGAAACACAUAGCCUCAUUUCAAGGUGUAGCCAGCUUCCCUCUACUUUCCUCUGGGAUAUAAAAAGGGGGUAAGGGGGCAAAGAGAGCCAUCUGGGUCUCUCCUCCCAUACACACUACACUGCCCCUUCUCCCCCCAUCAAAACGCUCAGAGACGUUGUGAUGAUGCGACUGAGGAUUAUGCAACGUGGUCCAACCGGAGCGGCCAGCAUGACCAGCUGUCCAGGGGCUGCCUCCUGCCUUUUCUUUUGUAAAGACAAGACCUUUGGGAGUUUUAAUUCUGUUUUGUACUUGCCCUUUGGGGCCUCCACUGCUUUUCUAUGGGAGACACUCUUAAUUUAACAGAUGAGAAUAUUUUGAAA